AUGAGCGGGCCCGGGUACGCGCGGGAGAUGCACAUGACGGCGCCGUUCUUCGGGCGCGAGCCAAGCCCCAAGGCGUACGUGUACUCAAGCGCGCAUGCGACGUGGUCGGCUCAGGAGCUACACCUGCUGCACAAGGGACUGACGCAGUACCCGGCCGCCGAGUACGACAACGUCACGCGCUACAUCAAGAUCGCGGCCACGAUCCCAGGCAAGUGCAUCCGCGACGUUGCUGUCAAGGUGCGCUCAAUGCAAGCGUCGCAUGAGAAGAUGGCCGAGCCGCCGUCCAAGCGACCGAAGAUGGAGCACGCCGAUGCGCACGACGUCUCGUGCGAAGAGCAGAUCAAGCAGAGCCUGCAGACCAAUGUCAGCGUCAUCAACACGAUGCGCGCCAACUUGGCGACGGGCGACCUCGACGACAACGUCCAGCUCAUGGUGCAGUUCCGUGACUCGUGUCAUUCGAUAUUUAAAAAACUCCACACUGUGUGCUCGGCCGUGCCGCCCCUUCAGAUCAAGAUCGACACGUCGCUCAUCCCGCUGCACAUGCGGUCGCCCAGCAACCAAGACGACGUGUAG